UGAAAUUUGCACAGUGUGGGUCCAGGUGUUCUCAAGUAAUUAUCAUGCCGUCCCAAGUUUUGUCUUACUUUUUCUUCGCCUCCACCUUAAUUGGUGGGGUACUUUCCUUAAGUACCGAAUUUGACCUGCCCUCCGCCCGAAUUUACACGAUCGCGGGUAACAAUCGUCUCACCCAGUGGAACAAGGUUGACCCUGCGACGAGGGAGACGACGAUCGAGCAUGAGGACAAGAUCCGGCUGGACUGUACAGCCAACUAUGCCGUGCAGUGGAUUUACACGGGCGACGGAAUUCCGGCAUACACAACGACGAAUAAAUACUCGAGGACGAAUUCGCACGGGGAGACGACCUCGGAGUACAUUUCGACCGUGGUGAUUGAUCCCUUGAAGGAACAUCAUACGGGAAGGUAUCAAUGCUCACCGGGAGAAGAAGUGGAUCUGAGGACGUUCUUUUAUAUUUUUGUGCCAGGGCAAAAUAUCUUCACGUCACUAUCCGGACGGAAUAUCGUCUUGUCCAAGAACGGAUCCGCGGUGACUAUUCCAUGCAAAGUUUCUCAUCCAAAUGCUGCCGUCACUUUGGAGAAAUCCGAAGCUGGAAAUCUUCGUCGUGUCCGAGUCCGAGCCGAUGAUGCUGUCACGUACGAUCCAAAAAUCGGUUUUACUCUGAAACUCAACAAGAUCGAAAGUCCGGAAGGAACUUAUGUUUGCACAGCGAGAUUUGGCUCGUACGUUCGAUCCGUUGAGUACAAAGUGCUCUCAUACUCAGCCAAUUAUCAAUCAGAUCAAAGCAUCCCUGCAAAGUUACAAAACAAGUGUAAAAAGCGAUGUGGGGAAAACGCGUACUGUGACGUAAUCGAUGGACGAGAAACUUGUCAAUGUCUCCCCGAAUUCGGGGGCGAACCAGACGUCAAAUGCGUCAUCAAGUGUAACGCCCAUACCGAUUGUCCUUCAACAAUGUCCUGUUUCGUGGACCGCCAGUGUCGCUCGCCUUGCAUUCACUCUGCUCAUGGCUGCGGAAUUAAUGCAGUUUGUCGCGUGGAGAAUCAUCGACCGGUCUGCGCAUGCCCGAAAGACUGGUUGGGUGAUGAAACUAUUCAAUGCUUCAACUCGGUACAAGGUUCCGAAUCGGACCGUUCAAGACCCGAGCCAUCCCCACAAUCUCCCCAACGCCCUACUAAGACACCCCCGACUUCGUCCGGGAUUAAAUGCGGGUCCAACACGGACUGCCCCGACGACAUGACAUGCAUCCGCGCCACCGCCUCCACUACGUCCGGCAAGACUUGUGUGAAUCCCUGUCAAGCGAGAAGAUGCGGGGUCAAUGCGGAAUGCAAGGUUACCGAGCGUCGAUCCAGCUGCGAAUGUCUGCCCGGAUUCUUUGGCGAUGCUCGCCUCCAAUGUGACAAGAUUGGCGAGAGGGAAAAUAAUCCAUUUUCCGAACCACUGAUCCAAGCUGACCAAGAAUUCGAUGAGAAGAAAUAUGCACGCGAAGAGUUCGAACGGUGGAGGGCAAACAGGUGCAAGAAUCCGGAAAAGUGUGGUGCAAAUUCCUCCUGCCGCCUCUCUCCCUCCGGCUCGGAUCAAUGCCUUUGCGCCCCCGGCUUCCAAGGUCAACCACCCAAAUGCCGCGCUGAAUGUAAAGACAACAUCGACUGUCCCGCCGCACACGCCUGCGUAACCGACAAACGCGUCGGGUAUCCCACCUGUACAAAAACUUGUGGUUCCCGCGUCUGCGGCGCGCAUGCGGAUUGUAUCCAAUUCGACGACGGCAAUUACGAAUGCUACUGCCCGCCCGGCCUCCAUGGUGACCCGCUUGUCAAAUGCGAAUCCAAAGAAGCCCGCCUGGGUCGCGAUUGUUCCACCGAUUACGACUGCGGGAUCAAGCUAAGAUGCGAGAUCGGUGCGGACGAGCGAAAAUGUGUGGAUCCCUGCGAAUCUAAAAAGUGCCGAAACGAAUUUGUUUGCGAGGCGGAUAAUCACGGGGCAAAAUGCGUCUGCCCACCAGGCUAUACGGGAAAUGAGUACGUCGGAUGUAACAAGGAUGUCAUCGUGGACACUGAGACUAUACCUUGCGCAAACAUUUCUUGCGGGGAAAACUCGGAAUGCCGCACAAUCGAGGGCAAAUCAAGCUGUCAGUGUCAGUCAGGUUUUGUUGGGAAGCCUCCUGCCUGUAUUGCUGAGUGUUUCUCCAACUUGGAUUGUCCGACAGAUUUGACUUGUAUUUCGAAACGGUGUCGCCACCGGUGCGGUGGGUGCGGGAGGAAUACGAGGUGUCGCGUGGCGCCUAAUUUGGAGCGGAAUUCGGUCUGUACAUGCUUAGAAGGGUUUGAGGGAAAUCCGUACGUUGAGUGUCAUCCGUUUCAAUAACAAUUUUAUCUUACGAGUUAAAUUGAUAUAUCUUGCAGAAUAAAAUUAAAAAUAUAAAUCUGCGUUAAAAAGUAAUAAGAAUUUACUAAUUCAGUGAAAAUAAUUUCGUAAAUGCAAGAAUUUCAUAAUAAACAUUUUUUAAUGUUCGUCUUUAUUAA